AGUUGAAUUUCGUGUGAGGAAGCGAGUAGGUGCUUUUGCUGCUAGUCUUGACCAGCUUCACAUCAAUUAGCUAAAUUCAAAGCAAUUGCAAUGGGCAAAUACGUCUUAAUUGCAGUCGCAUUAAUGUGCCUGCAAAUACCGGCGACGCGUGCAACACUUUACGAGGGCUUUGACUUCUCCAACGUCGAUCUGGUGAACUUUGAAUACUUUAAGAAUCUCGCAUCGCAGGAUCCACGCACAGGAGCUCAAGCCAAUCCCAUAUUGGUGCACUUUCAGAAGAAGAAAGCCGUAUUGGAUUACAUAGAGCGACUGUUUUUGGGUAACUCGCCAUUCCAACAGCCCAGCGAAAUUCCCUUCGAUCCACACUUUGGACGCGCCUGGCGACCAACUUACGAACGAAAAUUUGGACGGCGCGGCGAGCGUUUAAUCGCGGCCCUGGGCUCUGGUUACUCGCUUAAGCAAUUGCGACACUUUGGUGCCAUUCCCUACGAAUAUGGCACAAGUUACUAUCGAAGUUGAUUUAUUUAGAAAAGUGAGUUGUGUUGGUGUAAUUUAUGAAAUAAACUUAAGAUCCUAAAACUACACUCUUCGUUUUUGGGUGGAUAUAUAGAGCACAUUGUUGCCGCGUAUAAAUGCAUCACCAUAUUUAUUCUUUAGUUGACCAUUAACGUAUUCCUCCGUCUGAUCCAAUGCAAUGUUCAUGUAGCCAUCCAGACAAGCCAAAACUCCUGGAAAAUUAACGAAAUCAGAAGUCGAACAAGCCGGUAACAUGUUUUCUCUUUACCUCGAUAAUCUACGCCGUUGUUUAGCUUAACGGCAACUGGGCGGCCAUGGAUUUGAUUGAUGAACUGUGACAGAGCUUCCUUGCGUGACAUUUUGAGUUUUUGAUUGUUCAAUUAAUAUUUCAACUUUUAAUUACAGCUAAACACUACCAAA